GACCCAGAGCAUUUGCUUUGCUUGAACCACAUCAGAGAAAACCAGCCGACCAUGGACAUGCUCCAAGAUUAUUUCCACCGCAGGCAGUUCCGUGGCACGCUGGAGCAGACAGUCGGACACACUCUUGACUUCGAGAAGGAGGAGCUGCAGGCGGGCUUCCGCGCUGAUCCGGCUAGCAAGUGCUCCAUUCCCAUUCUCGCGAAGACAGGGCUGGUCAUGCGCCUCGCGCGUAACCUCGAUAAGACCCGCGGCUUCGUCAACGGGGCUGUGGCGGAGUUAAACAAGCAGUGGUUCUUGCCGUGUUGCUACGGUUACGCCACGACGAUCUGGAAGGCGCAGGGCGCCAGCAUCGAUUCUGGGGUACUUUGGUUUAACAACAAGCGCUUCGCAGCUGUUCGUGGUUAUGCGUACGUCGGGGUCUCCCGCUUCCGCAGCAAGGCCGGCCUUUUCUUAUUCGGCAAACUCAGGAGAUCAGAUUUCCCCCCCGUCGAUGGCCAGGGCGGCGAGGAGCAG